AUGCCUCGAGGCCGCCCCUCGCAAAGUAUAUGGGAAGAAGUCAUGGACCCCACCCCUGAGGAUGAUCCGCUGCUGGGAGUGCGGUGGAAGCCCUACACUGCUGAGGAGCGAAACUUCCUAGAGAUCGGCCCUCAACUACGAAACGGCACCGACCUCUACGCCGAUAGGGAUGAACGCUUGUUUGCCGUCAUUUGUCACUAUGCCAAGACCACAACAUUGUAUGAAGUUUCUUUUGGUUGCUUUAUUGUGGGAGUGGACUGUUAUACGUUUUUCGUCAAACUUAAUCCCGAAAGUACUCGGAUACGUAUCAAACCGGAAGCAAAUCAUACAGAAUUUUACAAAGAAUUUCUUUAUAAUGGGAUUUCAGUUUGGUUGUUAAGAUUAGAAGUUAAGGAUCAAAAGAGGAUGCAUGUGUCAGAAUUAAGAAAGAGUUUGCAAGGUUGUGUUUCAGAACAAAGCCAUUGA